AUGGCGCCUAUUCUGUAUAGAAUUGAUGCUAGCUCGCCAGCAAACGCGGUACGCACGCUCGCCGAUAUGAUCAGAGUAGAACUGGAACUGAAGGAUGUCAAUUUUCUCGUUAACGAACACAAGUCACCAGAAUACCUUAAAAUAAAUCCUGCAGGCACUGUCCCAGCAUUAAUAGAUGACGACUUCGUAGUUUCUGACAGUCACUCCAUCAUGAAGUACCUUCUUUCAAAGUACGGAGGGGAUAAGGCUGAGUCAUUAUAUCCAAGUGACUUGCGUACGCGCACGUUAGUCGAUCAGGCAAUGUUUUAUGACACCGGCGUGCUUUUCAUCAGACUGACAAGUAUCACUAUACCUUCAAUAUACGGUUCCUUAACCGAGGUCUCAGAUAAACAGAAGCAGGAUAUUGAGAACUCCUAUAGCGUAUUGGAAGCCUAUCUUCAGAACCGCAAGUACGUAGCGGCCGACCACCUAACCCUCGGCGACCUUUCUGUCGGCGCCACCACCAACAGCUUGCAACCCUUUCACAAGCUGGAUUCGCACAAAUUCCCCCGCACCGCUGAUUGGCUAUCGCGUAUGCAACAGGAGCCCUCGUUUAAAAAAAUCAUGGAACCUGCCACAAAAUUAUUAGCCCAGGCGAUUUCCGGAUUUUGGCAGAGAAACAAGCAAAAGUGA